GCAUUUCUCGUCCUGCUGGCAGCCUUGGCGGAGGAGGUGGUUUUUGCUGUCCGUCAGGAUUUUUGGCUCUGGCCUGGUGUUGUAGCGUAAGCUGUGCGUGGAUUGUGAAGGUUUCGCAAGCGAGCAGCUGGUCGAAGAUAGAAGAGAGUCUCCAAAAUGGUUCUGUCGAAACCAGCGCCAAAGUCGUGCAAGGUCACCAUGGCGGACGUGGGCGGAUCCCCAGUAAGUAAUCCCCAGUCUCCCGUGAAUGGCAUCUUGGAUGACGACCCACUGACACUCGACUUUGACCCCAUGAGCUUCCAGCUGCCCUCCUCUCCCACUGAGUCCAAGGGGCCACCCCUGGACGUAGACUCCUCCCCGGAGGAUCCUCCAUUCAUUAACGAUCCCUCUGCCGUUGCUAACGAUACUAACUACAAGUACAACCCAAAGUCCUACCUUCUCGACCUGGAAUCAAUCGAAAAGAUCAAAGCGACCGCUCAAGUCUCGUCGCCCGCUGACCUCGCGUCUCCGGAGAGCGACUCUGGGCCGACGCCGGACCUCCUCGUCGACCUCAAAGAAGUACCGUCGCCGAACGAAGAGGAUCCCGAGGAAGAUCCCGAAGACUCGUCCUCCGACGCCAAAACGGACUCUAAAGAGCUGGACCUUUCAGCGGGGUCCGAGUCGACGUCCAGUUUCGUAGCUGAGUGUGUCAGUCCCAGUGCUCAGAACGGACAUUCGGAGAGCGACGGUUCCAGUCCAGAGCUCGACGAAUCUGCGGGUCUCGUCAAGGAAGUCAUAGAGUCGGUUGGGGAGCUCGCAGAGACAUGCGUUCACUUCACCAGCUUUAGCCCUUGCGAGAAGCCGUCGACUCCGGAUGCUGGUUCGCCGGGAAAGCCGUCUCCGGCAGUCGCUAGUCCAGUGGAAGAAGAGUUCAACCCGGUCUUGCUAACAACGUCGACACCUGUCGAUUUACUCGAUAAAGGCGCGCCCAACCUUUACUUAGAAGAGUCAUACCCGCCUACCAGUCCUGAAAGAAAGUCUCCUAGUGCAGUGGUAUCCAGUCCCGUUAGAGAUCAAGACGCGGCAGUCAUCUCGGAACCUGCUGAUCUAGUCGAAGACCAAGUUGCUCUUCCCGCUGAGUCGUCGAGCCCUCCGCCAAGUCCCCCUCAAAGUCCACAUGCAGUGAGCACGACGGAAGAGACUGACAGCACCUCGACGGGGUGUACCUACAAAUUAGCUAACCUGCCAGUUGAUAGUUCCCUUCCAAAGCAGUGCAGUCCUUUGCAGGACAUUUCGGAUUUUGAUUUGAGUAGUGCGGAUACAGUAACUCCUCCUCCAAUGGAUCCCUGUAGGAGUCCACAGAAGACACAGUAUGAUGACCUCUGCGAAGACAAUUUGGAUGAGGGAAUAGCUGAGAAUGUAUAUACUUCAACUUACACCUGCAUGCCUGACCCUGACACCCCUGCUGGUGUCGCUGAAACCGCAACCACGCUUGUGUCACCGGUGCAUGAGAAUGAUACAGAGGAGUUCGAUUCGUGUGUAUCGAAAGUCAGGCGCGAAAUGAAGAGCAAAACUUCGGAAACGAGCAGUCACCAGAUGACGUCCAACAAGGAAGGAGGCAAAAUGAUCGUUGAACAAAAAACAGCCACCACAUGCACUGUGGAAGAAGUCACAAAGCACAGCGCCUAUGAUGCUCUCAAUGGUCUUGCUCACAGACAUGAUUUGACUAAUGAAACGGAAGACCUUGAAUUUUACCCCAUGACGGACUGUCCGGUGUCAGUGUCCAAAUUGAAAAACGUCUACAACUCUCCAGACCCGUGUGCUAAGGAGAACGAGAUCAAUAAUUCCUUCAGAGAAGUGGCCAUUACUGGAAUUAACCUUUACUCACUGAAGUCUCAGUACGAGCAGUCAGUCGCAGAGCAUGAGUGUGUACCUGCUCACCGUGAGAUCAUUAGCACUGGCAUUGACAUCAACACUCUGAAGUGCAGCUAUACUGGAGUCACGAAUGGGAACGACAUGAGGACCUCACCGUGCGAUGACCUUGUCCCAGUUGACAUUAAAUCCCUCAAGUCCAACUUUACAAACAACCAUUCUGAUGUACAAACAACACCUUUAGAAGAAGUUAAGGUAGACAAGGCAAAGUUGCAGCAGAAGUUUGACAAGAUCAAGCCCGAAAGUACCACAAGUUCAACGUGCAGACGCUGCGAGGGCACUGUGUACCCCGUAGAGCGGGUGAAGGCCGAGAAGAACUCAUACCACAAGAACUGCUUCCGUUGCAAAGAGUGCAACAAGCUGCUUUCCAUAGACACGUACAACUCCCACGAGAGUGAGAUCUAUUGCAAAGUGCACUUCAAGCAACUCUUCCAGCCUAAAGUUUGCUUCGAUAACGAUGGAGGGCCGAUUCCUGCAACGCCUGAGCCGGACGAAACGGAGGAAGGACGACAGAGACGUCACGAGAUGAUCAUCCGAGAAAACGUUCCCGAAGAAUUGCCACCAGACGUUGUGCGAUCGGACACAAAGUUGGACGAUGGACUUGGCCACCUGAACGUGGACCUGAGGAACAUCCGGCAGCAGUUCGAGACGCCGCAAGAGUUCGUGCCUUCGGUGGGCGACAGAUCCGCCUUGGCGCGCUCCGAGAGCCUCGUCAAGCGGCUAGAGAAGUAUAAGUGUGCCAUAUCCGGCGACAGAAACGGCACCAUUGACUCUUCAGAGAGCGAGGAAGACGAAGAUGAAGAACCCUCGGUGCAUAAAGAGAGAAAGGCAAGAGAAAAGGUAGUUGUCUUCGAGGGCUUGUCCACGCUGAAGAGCCAGUGGGAGUCUGGGAACGUCAACAACCAUCAAGAGGAGAAAGAGGAAGUGAAGGAAGAACUUGCGAAGCUCCGUAAGAAAAUGUGUCUGGGCCGUUCGGAGUCGAUGCGCCAGGUGUACCAGAAGGCUGUCGAGGAUGCCAACCGAACUCCGGUGUCCGCCCGGACAGAGGCUGUCACCCUAGAUGGCCAGGAGGUGAAGGCCACCGACAUCAAACACAAGUUUGAGGCCGGCGUGGUGAGUCAGGAGAACGAAGCUGAAAAGAUCGAGUGCCUCGCCAGGGAGAAGGAGGAGGAACUCAGUGUUUUCAGCGAGACCGGAAUUGCUCACGAGGCCAAGAACAUCUUCAAGCAGAUCGAUGCCCAUGUGUCGAAGAACGCCACACCCCCUCAGCUGGCACCCAUGGCGCGCUCCCCCAGCAACCGCUGGAACCAACCCAAGCCCCAGGCGCCUGCCGCGGAAAUUGUCCGCAGCAGCGACCCCGUAAACGACGUCGAGGUUGAGACCACCGAACUCUCGGAACGCUUCAAGUUCUUCGAAAACUACCAGGAAGAGUCCAAGGAACGGAAACGCUUCCAGAUCACGCCGCCCCGCGAAGUCCGCGAGCCUUCCCCCGAGGCCCCUGCCGCUCCCAACCCGAACGUCGUCCGCGCCGUCGACGCGGUCGAAGACGUCAUCGUCACCGACACGGCGAGAAGGAUGCGGGAGAGGUUCCGCGAGAUGGAGUCGCAAGCUGGAAAGCAGGAGGUCCCCGCUGGUCCCAAGCCCCUGAAGAGAAUCACCCCUCCGCGAGAAUACACCGUGGAGGACCGCGAAGAGUCUCCGGAUGUGCAGAGGGAUCCAACUGUGGUUCAGUGUUCUUACAAGGUGGAUGAUGACAUUGUGGUUGAGGCUGAUCGUGCCAAGAGCAUGAGGGCGAGAUUUGAAAACUGGGAGGCGCAAGUUGCUCAGGAGAACAGGAAAAACGGUGUAGCCGAGGACGAUGAAGAGGAGUGUCUACCCAUGGCGGACACCGCCAAGAACCUGCGGGCGAAGUUCGAGGCCAUCAAGGAGGAAAGUGCGCGACAGGAGGCCGAGAGACGCAAGGCCAGGGUCAACCGAUUUGUGUAGUGACCAGGAUUUUGCACCCUGCUGCUCGGAGCGUGGUCUUCGAAAUGCGGUGUACGAUCGCCGUGACUGAUCUGAAGUGCAAGUCCAAUCUGUGACGGGACUGAGACGCGUGGCUCUAUGUGCAGUGCACAUUGGCAUGGUGCCCUCUCGUGCAGGACAUUAUGUGCUUACAGUGCUCCAGCUUUGUCAGUGUACGUUUCUUGCUACUGUGGCGUCUGCAGUGUGACAAUGUUUUUCCUGGCUGCGCAGCAUAUACUGUAUGUUUUUUUUUUUCCAGGUUUUAUUACUGUACAUUCUGUUGAUAUUGUGGAUGCUAACUUAGCGUGCAUGGAGAACGAGUAGGUUGGGUUCUGUUUUUGCCUGCACAAACCUGCUCAGGUCAGCUGACGCUAGUCACGUGGCUGUAAGACUUAACUUAGUAGUGAGGUGCCUUCGAGGCGUGUUGCUAAAUUUUUACAACGCGCCAUGCACAACGAUAUUUUCCCUACAUGCUGUUGCUUGUGAACUCGUGUUUAAACGGUGAAAUGCCACUCAAUGUGUUUGUUGCUUCUGUGAAGUGUCGUAUGUCUUUGUCGAGCUCGCAUAUAUUUUUAUUGCUCCGAGUGAAGCUUAUAUUUGUACAUUUUGCGAGACAGCCGUAGUUUUUAUUUUGUUUUAAUUCUUACAACUGCUAGUAGUGUUGUUGGGGUAUACCGAGAAUUCGAAGCCAAAGUGCAGUGACAAGGCACAAAGCUGUAAAAAGUUUCAUAAUGGUGUAGCACUAUAGCAGUAUUUGUACUUGUGUACUUACCGAAGAAGGAAAAAUGCACAACCUGUCAAAUAUUUUAGAUGUUUAUGCUGGUAUUUGAAGGAAUGUAUAUUGACCCUUUUCUUUCUUUCUUUCUUUUUUUUUUUAACCUUAAAGGACCACACAAACUUUUACGAUCGCUUCCUUAGAAGCGAAAGUGUAACACCCACGAAAACUUUUUGGUACGAUUAGGAGGAAAGAUGUAUGGUUGCCUAAGUGUAAAGGUUGUGGCAGUUUUGCCCUGACUUAACUGAGCAGAUAAAAUGAUCGUAUUACUGUGAACCCGCAAUUAGUAGUUUCAUGGCAAAUGAGGUUAGCAGUCUCGCAGAAAACGCUACUGCAAAGGAUGAUGCUGCCAUGACAUCACAGCAGGUACUCAAGCAGUGAUGUUGACGGGCAUCAGCGUCACAUGCCUUUGAAGACCAAUAAUCGUUGGUCAUUCUGCUCUCUCGUUAAUCAGAGUGCUGUUUGCCUGAUGGUCACGUCACGAAGGAAGACACGCGUUUUCUUAUUUGUGACUCUGACAUUACGAGACAUGUGUUAUGGGAUAUUUACCAGAAGCAAGGUGUCGCAACCACUUCAGUGGGUUAAAAACUCGUUAGCUUAUUUACAUUGAGUAUAAAUCUUUCUGACUAAUCAAGGUGCUUUUGUACAGCCCUACUCAGUACUAGAGAUCUUUGCUUUUACACUUGUAAAGUGCAGGGGGUUUUACUCUGUAAUGGUCCUUGGAGUUCUGUGGUGUAACUGGAUUAUGUGUCAUGUGUUAUUUCUUCGUAUUGAUAUACAAGGUGUCCCUGCUUAAAACGAAAAGAGCACCAAGGUUUCUGUACACAGUGGAUCUUUGAAUAAAGUUUCUUCCUUACACUUGG